AUGGCGUACGCAGCUCCUAAACCCACGAAGCCUGGUCUGGAGGAGUCUCAAGAACAGAUCCACAAGAUCAGGAUUACCCUUUCCUCCAAACACGUCCAAAAUCUCGAAAAGGUUUGUGGUGAUUUGGUUCGUGGUGCCAAGGAUAAGCGUCUUAGAGUGAAGGGACCUGUUAGGAUGCCCACUAAAGUUCUUCACAUCACUACUAGGAAGUCCCCUUGUGGAGAAGGUACUAACACCUGGGAUAGAUUUGAACUCCGUGUGCACAAGAGAGUCAUUGACCUAUACAGCUCUCCAGAUGUUGUUAAGCAAAUCACCUCCAUCACCAUUGAACCCGGUGUCGAGGUUGAAGUGACCAUUGCAGACGCUUGA